AUGGAGCUCAAACUAUGGUAUAUUCCUGAUGAAGGCCUGAUGCGUUCAAACAUGACAAAACCAAUCAUGGAUCUGCAACAUCAUCGUCGGAGGGUAGGCUACAUUGAGUGGCAUCCAACAGCUGAAAAUAUUCUCCUGAGUGCUGGUUUUGAUAAUUUGAUUCUUGUUUGGCACAUAAGUAAAGGAGAGGUUGUGAGAACCAUUGAUUGUCAUCCUGAUUCAAUAUAUUCUAUGUCUUUCAACCGUGAUGGCAGCUUGCUGGCAACUACAUGUAAGGACAAGAGGUUGAGAAUUGUAGACCCUCGACAGGGGACUGUCCUUAAGGAGGGUCCUUGCCACCAGGGGUCCAAAUCAUUUAAAGCUGUGUUCUUAGGUGACACUGGACGUAUUUUUACAAGUGGCUUUUCUAAGUUUAGUGAUCGACAGUGGGCUGUGUGGUCACAGUAUGACUUGACUAGUCCGUUGAGGCUAGAAAAUAUUGAUUCUUCAUCUGGAGUCUUGUUUCCAUACUACGAUCAUGACACUAAGAUGGUUUAUCUUGCAGGAAAGGGUGAUGGGAACAUUCGUUAUUAUGAAAUUGUAGACGAAGCUCCCUGGUGUCAUUACCUCCAUCAGUUUUUAACUGGUUCUCCUCAGCGAGGCCUUGGCUUCAUGCCCAAGAGAGGACUUGAUGUGAUGCGAUGUGAAGUCUUCCGGUUUUAUAAGUUACAUGCUACAAAAGGAUUAUGUGAACCAAUAUCUAUGAUUGUUCCGAGAAAGUCUGAACAAUUUCAAGAUGACCUCUACCCUGACACGGCAGCACCCACUCCGGCUUUAACAGCGGAAGAAUGGCUUGAUGGUAAAAAUCGUAACCCUGUUCUCAUGACUUUAAAGACUGGUGCUGGAGCACGGACCAAUAAGCCAGUCUUGUACCACCAUGAGAAGCAGUUUUUGGUGACAGCUGACCGAAACAACGAAAGAAAGUUUCUUUUCAUUUCUCAAGAGAAUCGUGUUGAUUACCGAGAAACUUCUAACAUGAACAUCAAUGCUAUUAACAACAAUGCAACUUUGGAUAUCACGAAUCAGAACCAGGUCACAGAGAAGAAACAAAUACCAUGGCUUCAAGAUGAAGAGACAGCUAAUGGAGUUACAAUGUGUGAUAUUGUGUCCAGUGGUCAGUGUCCAGUGGCCACAUAUGUCACUCUGAAUGACAGUGCUAGUGAAAGUGACAGUGAAAGUGAUCCCGAGAUUGAACCUAAUGGACCACGAACGUUAGCAGUGUUGAAGAAGGCCUAUAAACAUCGUACAGCAGAAAUUAAGUCCUUGAAAAGGGACCUGGCAGCCAAAGAUGCCCAAAUACGAAAACUGGAAGAUCGGCUGGAGAAGCUGACGAUGAACGAUGAUGAAAUGUGAGGCUAAGGCACGUACAAAGCAAGUAAAUUCUGCCACCAUAUUUUUUCUUCAGUCACUAGUUGAUUCCACUUUUGCCAGUAAAAACCGAGUUGAUUUUAACUUCAAAGCAUAUCUCUGAUAUUUCUGCUUACGAUCUGGUACAGUUUUAUAUUGUACAAUUUUUCUGCCAUUUCUGAAUAUAAAAAAUGUAGUUAAAAUUAUGUGAUAGUGCUCUGUCACAGUCCUGAAGUUUUGUUUCAUGUAAGUUCAUAGAUUUCUACUUGUUUUAUAUCAGAUACACAUUGUGUGCACAUUUUUACCUGUUUUUUUCAUACUAAUGUAUGAUAAUUUCAUUCUUCAGUUCUUGUAUAUCUAGUGAUUUUAUGAAAGUUUAUGUUUCUCUGAAGUUUAAGUCGACAUAAAUAGUUUUGUAUCAGUAGAUUGUUCCUGUGAUUUUCAUGGUUAAGCAGAAAUUUGUACAAUCUACUUUUGAAGAACUGAUUUUACUCAGUACAUGAUUUAGUAAGAACAUCAUGUCACAACCACUGAGCUAGGUCAGGAACUGUUGCUCAAAUGUAAUAGAAGUUAGUAAAAUACAGUGGGUCUGAUAUUGCAAAUGUUUGUUUUCAAGUCAAUUUUAUGACAUAUUUCUUACAGAAUGUAAUUUUUCUAAGAUUCUGUAGCAGGUUAUUAAUUAAUUCCACUUUCUAAUAUUCUGAGAAAUAUUUUAGAAUCUACCCAAUAUUCAGAUUAAAGUUAGUUUUGGUUUUGUUUAACCUGACCUUAACUAUAUGAGAUCUCAUAAUAACACAAUUUGUGAUUGAAUAAUGAAACAAGUAAUCCAUGCUAUGAAAGGUGAGGGAGGUGGGCUAAUUUAGUUUUGUAAUGAAAAGUUCUAGAGAUAAAGAAACUAUGCAGGUAACUAAAUAGUUAUAAAUUAAUUUGAAAGAAGAUUCAAUAAAACAAGUAUCUAUUUAUCGAUAUUUAGCAAAUAAUCAAUUGUUUACUAACUCAAUUUACACCAGCAGAUGAGAUGAAAAGUAAAAAAAAUCACUCCUCAGUUUUCUGUUUUGGACUAUGUAUAUUUCAGUAUAUUCUCUGUGAUGUUAAAACACCUAAAUUAACACUUAAUGUACAUACAAAAACACCCAAUUACCUAAAGUUUAAAAAUGAUUGGAUAUUACUGGAAAACUACCCAUAGUUUAAGCUGUGCGUAACAAAUAAUGCUAGAAUCUGAUUCACUGCAGCUAAAUAAUUACUUGAAACAUUCUUUAUAUAAAAUAAUUUUUAACCACGGAUCUGAAUGAUUAGGAAAAGUGAAACUUUGUUAUUAUAUUUACCAUUUUAAUAUAAUCUCAUUAUAUGGGGAGUGUUUUACACUGGAACAUUCAAAACAAAGUCAGUGUUUAUUUAAAGUUUGAAAUAGUUAACAAUGAUGACAUCAUAAAUUUUAUUUCCAGUUCAAACAUUGUGUGACUGGGGGAAAUGUAAUGCUGAAUUGUUUAGUCCUUGUGUUUCUGUAAUCUAGUUUGUUAAAUCUUGGCCAAUGAAAGCCCACGUUUUUAAAGCACAUUUAUGUCUUUCAGUGCUACUGCUGAUCUCACCAUGUGUUAGUACAGCAGAAUCACUGAACCAGUUGUAUUCAGUUUAUUGUUCAGCUAGCAUUGUUUCAUUUUAUUGUUGAUAAGUUAAUAAGGAUUGAUCAGGUGGCAGUAGUGGUUGUUAAAAUAGUAUUGUUAAAACACUGAAAAUUUAGCAGGAGAAUAUGUGUUCAGUUACUUAUGAUAACAGUCAAGGUGAUAGGUGACACAACCACAUCUGUGUUUUAUGUUUGUUCUAAUAGGUUAUAAUUGACACAACCACAUCUGUGUUUUAUGUUUGUUCUAACAGGUGAUAGGUGACACAUCCAAAUCUGUGUUUUAUGUUUGUUCUAACAGGUGAUAGGUGACACAUCCAAAUCUGUGUUUUAUGUUUGUUCUAAAAAGUGAUAGGCUGACACAACCACAUCUGUGUUUUAAGUUUGUUCUAAUAGAUUAUAGCUGACACAACCACAUUCAUUGUACAUCCAACUUAGUCAGAUAAACAUAAUCACUGUACAACCAACUUAGUCAAAUAAACACAAUCACUGUACAACCAACUUAG